GUUGCGAGGAUAAGUCGCUGAACGCGGAAAGUGAACUCAGCCAGAACUGCGAACAGUGGAGACAAAUUGUACAUACACACACAGCCAUAUGUGUGUGUUCCUGUGGCAACAGCAGGCAGCAGUGUACCUGUCAAUGCGUUAGUAUUGGUGUUAGUGUCGGUGCUAGUGGUGGUGGUGGUGUUGCGCAGGUGUUGGUGAUACGCGCUUUUUGCAAAAUGUAUAAUUAUACUUUGAAACUUUAGUGCUGCUGCAGUGGUGUUAGUGUGUUGUAGCUGUGUGCGAUUACUUUAAAGGUGUGUUAGCAAAAGGCUUGCCUGAAGGAGUGCUCCGCUUAUCCUCACAUAGAGAAAUUUAUAUACAUAUUAGUAUUUUUCGUUUCUUCGGGCAAGUGACUAAGUGUUGGGUCAUAAAGAACGGUGAAUUGCUGCCUGCAGCUAUUGGACAAAGUUGGAAAAGCAGCGCUGUGCAACGCAGAGUCAACAUAGAUAAAUCUAUAUUUAUGUAUAUACUAUAUACUUUAUUUGUAUAUAUAGAUAUAUAUAUAUAAUGUGUAUAUGCAUGUAUGUGUGUGCUCAGUGUGUGGAGUUGCUGAAGUUUUUCGAGAAUGAAGGUCAAAGGAAAAUUUAAAGCUGAAGUUGGUGAAUUGUGGAGUUGUUAAAGUUGCCAUUUCAAUAUUUUCAAAAAAGUGCACUUUGUGGGAAUAAAAUUAAGUGAAAAGCGCAGUGAAUGUGACUAUUUAUUUGUAAAGAGUUGUUUAAAUUGAGUGUCUGCGGUGCAGUUUCUCUACUGCUGAACUUUUAAAUUCAGGAGAAAAGUACUCACAAAAAUGAACGAAUAAUUAAUUAUAAUAUUAUAUACAGUAGCUUACAAUUGUGAAAAUGUAAAAAGUAUAAUUAACAAGAACAAAAAAAGUGAAUAUCGAAAACAAAAAAGUAAAAUAAAUUAACAAUCUACAUUUACAUUUACAUGUAUGGUGAAUAAAUAAAAAAUAAAGUGAAAAAAUAAAUUAAAAAUAAGCUUAAUACCGCAAACAUUUCAGUUAUUAUUGCAAGUGAUAUAUGCUAAACUACUAUGAAUAAGAAACCAAAAUUUAGUAGUGAUUUCCAAUGCUGUCAAUAUACAAUUAAGUGAGUUGUGAAUACGAAAAAGUUUUCAGUUGAUUAUGUAUAAUAAAUUCAAAUACCAUAUACUGCAGAAAAUAGGUAUAAAAUAACAUAAAUAUACAUAUGUACAGAUGAAGCAACAAACAGUUACUCGAAUCAACUACAGCAGCAACAAGUGACAUAAUUUAAAAUAAUUUGCGAAGAAAGACUUGAAUUAAUGCAGCAGCAGGUGUGACCGGCCACAGGAUAUAUAAUUUGAUAGUUAUCAGAUGAUAAGGCAGCUCAGCUUGGUUGUGUGAUCUCCGUUAAUUGAUUGCGCCUAAAAUGAUUUUUGACAGCUAUUGCGGCCUAGCUUAGAGUCACUGAGGUAAACAUAAAAUAAGUGAGCCAAUAACUAUCACCAUUGUCAGGUGCUUAUAUGGGAAUUAUGGCGCAAAUGCGACUUAAGGAACAAAAAAAUUAUGAAAUUACACGGUAAAGCAUAAAAACCUCAACUUCAACCAGCAGCUCGUCGGUCCGCGAAUUUCAUUCGAAAAGUUUUAAUUCACCGUUACACGGAAUUUCAGAAAAAUGCUGACUGCAUUCAAAUGCAAAUGGGCAGAAAGCGUACAUCAACAAUGUCACGAGACGGCAGCGAGUCAAGCUGCACCUGAAAAGUACCAGUAAAAGCAAAAUAAAAGUGAGAAUAAAAGCGGCGAAGAAAGCAAGCGGAAUUUGGCCAGGAAGCGAGGUAGUUGAGAAAACGAAUGCAUUGAGCAAAUCAGUCACGCGUUUAAGCAGGCAACUGUACUACAACAAAAACUAACCGAAACUGUGUGGCACGUUGUUAAAACGCCACGCCAGCGCCGGAAAGUAUGCUAUGGAAAUAAUGAAAAAGCAGCAAAUGUAAAUUUCGGUUGAAGGCAGCGCGAAAAUAAAGCAACAAACAGUGGCAAAGCAAAUAAAACGCGCUCCGCCAACGAUAAUAACCGUAAAGAAAAUAAUGACGCGCAACAGUAAAUGCGUGUUGCAUGCAUGUGUUAGUGUGGCGCACUUGUAACCGGUGAAACCAGCGAAAUUACACGGCGUUGCCCGAACCGCGCGCAUACAAAGCGAUAUAAAUUUUUGCUUCAUGCGACACUGCAUCAAACGACAACAAAAACAAUAGCAACAACAACGCCAAUUAUACUGUCAGCUGCUGGCGGUGGACCGGAAUACGGCCCAGCGGAUGUAGCAGCGUGCGCAAAAGCACCGUUAUUACAGUUGCAACCCACUUAUUUUACUGUAAAAUACAGGAGAGCAUUGAAAAAGCUGGCUACUAGCGUUUCAAAGCUUGAAAAAUAAUAUUUUGUUGCUGCGAAAGAAAUCACAAACCGAAAAAUUUAAAGAAAAAUAUUUUUCGCAGACAGCGCAUCGAAGAGCAGCAUUGAAUACCGUUACCUGACACGCUUACACCGUUGCUACCAAAAAACGAAACGUGUUGCGCACCCCAUUGUUGUUUUUGUUGCAUUUAUGUAAACAGCAGCCAUUAGACUUGCAGCCUUGCAGCUGAGUGACCUCAUUUCUCACAGUGUAUUCGAAGCAAACGCGAGCAAAAUAUAGUCAAAUAAACUUAAUUCUCAAAACUCAGAAAACUCAGUUAUCAUACGGCACACCUACACACACACACACAGAUAGCCGCACUCAAAGGCAAACACUUCGCUUUGCCAUUAAAAUAAUUAAAAAUUUGUGCAUUCGCGCGCAACAAAAUGGCGCGGAGUGUGGCAUAAAUAAUACAAAAAAGCCAUCCAUUAUCAAAAGUAACAGUAAAUUGGCUGCGAGAAAGAAAUAAAAAUAUAAACCGGAAUUUUUUGGCCGUUAGGCGGUUGAAAAAACGCUCAUUAUUAGCCGCGCAGCGAAGUGAGAAACGAAAAACCGUUAAUUAUAACCGAAAUUUCACCUUUUACUGAGAGAGAGCGAUAAGUCAACAAAAUGUUGCCCACCAAUGUAAUGACGUUCAUGAAAAAGAUGGUCGCCACAGAUGAGUCGCCAUCCACACAGAAUCAGCCCGACGCGGGCGGUACUUUCGGAAAGUUGAAGCAGACACUGUCGUCGUCCUUGCUCACGGCGCAGGAUAGAGUGAACAAAAUGUCACCGCGUCCCUCGUUGGCGCCCACCGAAGACGGCAGCUAUGGCGGUGCGUACCAGCAACAGACCCAGGACGCUUAUGCGGCCAAUCAGAACAAUAACAAUAAUAACAAUACGACAGGCGGCAGCACCGCAGGAAACUCAUCGAAAAACGAGCCGGGGCGACGAGCGGGGGCGUGUCGCGUGUGUUUGAAAUCCUUCAAACCCGACGACUAUCACAAGACCUGCUUCGAGUGUCAGCAGCGGGUGUGCGAAGAUUGCGCCAGCUACAGCAAGCUGGAAGAGAACGAGGAUGCGAAUAUGUGGCGCUGCAGUGUGUGCCGACGAAAGAUGGCGUCGCGUGUGUGCAUCCCACAGGACUCAACCGACUCCAUGUUGGACGUGCCCGUGCUGGAAGCGCUGCAGCGACGACACUCCGAUGCCAAGCUCGGCUCAACACAGACAUUGGCACCGGCAAACGGCACCGCAUUGGCGCCGCCACGCAGCCCCGAAUGCCGGCGGCAUUCCGACGUCUCACCCGCCUCACUCAAAGAACUCGAAAAGUUGAAGGGCAAUAAAACACCGGGCGGUGAUUUGGACUUUCGUAAGGGUGGACGCAGCAUGGCGCCGAGCCGUUCAUCGAGCCCGCCACGGCAAUCGGACCUGGAUCAGCAGCUACCGUUCGGAGCGCCGCUGUCGCGCAUGGCAUCACGACGGGGCUCGCGUGUGGCGCGCCAACACAGCUAUGAUGAUGAGAUGAACAGUGCGAGUAUGGCAGCGGCGGGAGCGGUCGGGGCAGCUGGCGGUCUGGGCGCGGCAGCGGCUGGUGCACUGGGCAUGAUGGGCGGCGAUCCCGGACUCGGCAUACCAGCUAUGCCAAGAAGGAAAUCCGCUUAUGACGUCUUUGCGCCCAAUCUGCUACAGAGUGCGACUCCUGCGACAACGCAACUUCAACGAUCACCCGGCGAUGGUAUGUCGCCACAAAUUGCUCUACCUGGUUCGCGGCGACCCUCCUUCCGUGUGCCACAUCCGUCUGAGGAUCUGCAAAACGACGAAUCGCCAAGUCCCGAUAAGGGCAGCCCUGUGCUUACCGUAGAUGAUGACAGACGCAUACGUCGACGUGGAUCACAACUUCCCGAUUUGGCGGCGCUGCAGCAACGCGGUGCAUUACCAACCAAUCUGCCCGCCACCAUACCACCUCCAAUCGCUUCUUUCACCGGACCCAAUUUGGAGGAUCUCGAGGCACCACGACGUCAAACAUCGAUGGAUGGUGAAGCCAUUAAAAUUGUCAUACACGAUGUCGACUCGGGACCCAUUUGCUCAUCGAAACGUAGAAUUGUAUUACGCAGAGAUCCCACGGACAAGGCACAUCGCACACGUGGCUUUGGUAUGCGUGUCGUUGGCGGCAAAACCGGCGCGGAUGGCCGACUCUUCGCCUACAUUGUGUGGACGGUGCCAGGCGGACCGGCCGAGAAGAACGGGCUACAGCAAGGCGAUAAGAUACUCGAGUGGAAUAGCAUGUCGCUGAUUGAUCGCAGCUUCGAAGAGGUCUGCGCUAUAAUGGACCGUACCGGUGACAUUGUCGAACUGCUCGUCGAGCACGCCACUGACUUUCGUAUGUGCGAUUUAUUCGAUGAGAACCUACCACCAGGCAAUAGCGGCAAUCAAAGUGGUCCACGACGUUCAGGUGACGGUCCAGUUGGACUGGGCUUAAUCGCGGACCCUGAAACAACCACAGACAAAUCACCGGCCUCGCCGACCAGACGGAAAUUACCCAAAACUCCGGAGCAAAUUGCACGCGAGAAGCAAGUAAGUGGGCGCGCACAGUUGCAAGUCUGGUAUAAUGCCGAACGCAAUGAGCUGGUUGUCUCACUAAUGGCCGCCGAUGAUCUGGCUCUGCGCGACGAAGCCUACGGACAUGGCAAUCUACCCGAGGCAUAUGCGAAAGUGCGCAUUUUACCCAAAUGCGGCGAUGGCAGCGUGCAACAAACCGAAGUUAGUCAUCCCACCCAGAAUCCCAUUUGGAAUGCAACGCUCACCUUUCCACACAUAAAUGCCGACAGCCUCAUGGAUCGCUACAUUGACAUACAGUUGUGGGAUCUUGUACCCCAUACCGAGUCCAUAUUUCUGGGCGAAUGCAGUGUCGAACUGCAGCAGGCCUUUCUCGAUGAUCGUGCCAUCUGGUGUCGACUGGAGGAUCCGAAGGGGCUGCGCGGCAUCAGCAUGUCAAAGUCGCCGAGCGUCUCACCGCGCGGCUCCAUUGCCGCCGGCUGUCCGGGCGGCGAUGUAACACGUCUACUACGACGCGAUUACAAUAUGCAACGUUCCAUAUCGGACGAUGUCGAUUCGAUCGGCGAUUGCACCUCACUGCUACAUCCCGAUCACGCCUGGGUGGCUGGCUCACGGCGUGGUUCCUCGCAGUCGGAGACGCUCGAGGUCGAAGUAUAUCAAUUGGGUAAAGAUUUUUCACGUUCUUUACCCGGUUCGCGUCGCUCCUCAUUUCAAGAUCCCGACAAGAUACGCGAAGAGGAUGCAAUGCAACCGCCACCAGCUUCGUAUUAUGUCGGUAGACGUCGUUCGUCUGUGGCGCGUCGCGAUCCUGAUGAAAUAUUGAAGUCACUGAAGCAAGUACGCGGAGAACUCGGACGCGCAAUGAGUUUAGGCACGGAACAACAAAAGCGACCGGGAUCAAGACGCGCUAGUCGUGUGGCCUUGCCGAGCAAUCCGAGCAGUCGCAAGGGCUCCAUACUUGACAUCGCGCAGCAGCAGCAGCAACAACAGCAACAGCUACAACAACUACAGGCGCAACAUCAACAACACUUGCAGCAGCAGCUGCCGGUGGGUAUCGGUAAUGCAACGACCAGUCCACCCUCGGAUGACGAAGGCAAGCAGUUUACGCCACGCUGGAAGGGCUCGGGCAGCAAUCUGCGUCCACAGAGUGCCAAGCAGGCGUUGUCCAUGCUGAAACAAGCCUCCUCCGCCACGAAUGUAGCCAUGCAGGGGCAAAGUGGCAGCGGUAGUUUGUUGAGUGUAGGUGCCGACAGCCCCAAGCAGUUGCGUAAGGGCAGCAUGAUUAAUUUAAAGGCGGGCGAAAAUACGCACGGACCGACAGCGUUGCUGCAGCGCAAAGGCAGCGUUUAUGCGCACACCGCGACGGAACGCGACACCAGUAGUGUCGGCAGUAGCGGUUCGCCGCAGCGGAAGGGUAGUGUUUAUGUCGGUGUUAGAGCGGCUGGCCACGAGGCUGAGUCGGCGCUGUUGCGCAAAGGUAGCAUGUAUAGUGUCAGCAGCAACGAAAGCCCGUCCAUGUUGCGCAAACAGAGUAUCGCGCCGCACCAUGUCAGUGCCAAGAAUUUGAGUCACGGCAGUCAUGCGGACAGCAUGAGUAGUUUAACGUCCACGACUGUGACCACAGUCGCCACAGCGGGUAUUGAUACGGACUAUGGCCUGAAAAUGGGUCCAGGGCAAAUACAUCCAAAAGGUUACCGGCUGACAACCGUGCGCCAUGGCGAGCUGAAAAUGGCAUUUGCCAAAAUCAAAGGCACCGUGGAGGUAGAGGUGAUUUGCGCACGUAACAUUGUGCCCGAGGAUUGCGAGACACCGCCGGAUACAUAUGUGAAAUGCUACAUCAAGGAUGGCGAUCGGCUGCGGCACAAGAAAAAGACGCGCGUGGUAAGGCACUCGGCCGAGCCCUACUACAAGCAGACGCUCAAGUAUCAGAGCGCCGACGUUUUUGGUCGCAAUAUUGUCAUUAUGGUGUGGCAACGCUGUGUUGGCUUCGAACACAAUCAAGGCUUGGGCGGCACCGAAGUUAAUCUGGAUAAAAUAAAUGCAGCACAACGCAUAGGCGGCUGGUAUCCACUUUUUCCGAUGCAUUCAUUAGGCGGCUCCGAUUCGGAUAAUUCUCCUUGACCGAUCACGCGCAUACAAAUACGAAGUACACAAACUAAUACAAUGAACAAUAAAAUCGACACCACAAAUAUGAAUCAAAAUACAAUAAAUACAACAAAACGAAUUAUAAGAAUUACAACAAAAACACCAAUUAGUAAACCACGCUACAAUAAGCAAAAUACUAUUUAUAUUAAUGAUUAUUAUAAUGAUAAUACAAGUAAUGAUUACAAUAAUGUUAAUGGAUGUUAUGAUUAUAGUAAUGGUAAUGUCAGUAAUGAUGGCAAUAAUGGUAAUGCAAGUAAUGAAUACAGUACUGGUAAUGCCAGUAAUGAUUAUAAUAAUGAUAAUAAUGCAAAUAAUAAACGCAGUAAUGAUAAUACAAAUAAUGAAUACAAUAAUGGUAAUGCAAGUAAUGAUUAUAGUAAUGGUAAUGCCAGUAAUGAUUAUAGUAAUGUUAAUGCCAGUAAUGAUUGCAAUAAUGUUAAUGCAAGUAAUGAUUAUAGUAAUGGUAAUGCCAGUAAUUAUUGCAAUAAUGUUAAUGCAAGUAAUGAUUAUAGUAAUGUUAAUGCCAGUAAUGAUUGCAAUAAUAGUAAUGCAAAUAAUGAUUAUAAUAAUUUAUGUAGCGCAAAGGCUCAAUUACAAAUUAUUAGAUUUAAAUUGCAAAUAAUGGCAACUAUGGAAUUAUUACAAUUACAACAAACUAUUAUAGAUAAGCAAAAACAAUUAAGAAUGGUUGCGGAGCGGUUUGUAGAAGUCCCAAGGGCUUCUUAAAGGCUUGAAAAGUGAAAACCAAACUGUUUUGGAAAGUAUUACUAAAUACAAGUAUAACAACAAUAAAAAUUCACAUUUUACCAAAAGAGCUUAUAUGGAUACUAUUCUUAAGAAUUUGUUGCAAACUAAAAACACCAUAACAAACACUUACACAAACACGAAGAUAUGUUUACAUGCAUGUAUGCUCUUAUCAUAGGUGGAAGAGGUGGUGAGGAAAUGUUAGUUACUAUUUACAAAGCAAUGAAUAAAGAAUUCGAAGGAGAAGGAGAGGAAGUGAAAAGAAACAGCUUUUUUAUAUACACACAUAUACAAGUACUUAUAUACUGCUAAUAUAAAGAUCGGGUCAGAAAUAUAUAUAUUUUAUUUUUGUAAUUUUAUUUCCGUCUCUAACAACAAAGAAAAACAAAUUUAGUACUACACCUACACAUAUAUAACUAAGUGAAUAGUCAGUUAUGGUUACAUAUGAACGUGUUUGUUGACUAAAAUACAAGUGAAAAGUUAAAAUAAAUUAUUAAAAUAUAUAGAAAAAAUUUCAAUAAAAGAAAAUCAGGAAUGUUGCGUACCUUAGUAGCACGGAAGCACUGAACACUGCAGUACAAUUAAACUUAACCGAAACACCAGCGCGUCAGCACCAAAAGAACACGCCUAACACCGCUUGCAUUACACACACCCAUAUAUACAUAUAUACAAACAGUAUAUCAAAUAUAUAGGUAUAUAUGAGUAAAUUUACAAAUUUGUUGCUGCUUAAAUGUUGUGAAAGAAACAAACCAAUUAAAGUUGUUGGGCCAGCAGAAAGGUAUUAUAUCAGGCCAAAGCGUGUUUAGAAGGCAGCGCGGCCUACUUUUAGGCGCACAAGCUGCAUUAAUACUCCAUAUACACAUAUCCAUUUACACUCAGACUACAGCUAUACACCCACAAGUAUACAAAAACACACACUACUUAUUGUUGUUGCAGCAUUUUAGUGGCUAUCACCAUAUCAAACGGGAGUUUGCGGGGGCAAAGUUGUUAAAUUGCAUUGAAAUCGUUGUGAAAUGUUGUUUCAGAGCUUACCUAUGCACACAAUUUACAAAGCUACACUUUUAAAAAGAAAAUAUGUUGUAUUUUAAAUAGCAAAAAUUAUAUAAACAAUUAUACGUAAGAAUAAGCAAAAUAAAUUAAAUGUUAAGAUGUGAUGUUACAAAUAAUUAUAUAUCAGAAGAAAAGCAGAAAAUUUCUGAUUUUGAGUUUCAAGUUUGUUUUUUUUUUUUUAUUUUAUUUAAGUAUGAGCUGUCAAUAAAUUUACAGACAGACUAGAAAAUUAAAAGAAUUGGCCACUUAGGCCUUCGUCCCAUCAAUUUUAUUUUCUUAUUAGUAAUCGUACUCAAAGCGGUACCACUUUUAUGUAUAUUAGAAAACAGUUUACUCGAUUUGAGUCGUCAACUUAAUCAAUAUAUUUUAUUUCGUAUACUAACUAAAUGUUUUAUUUGCAAAAUUCAAAAGUUAUCUGAUAUAAUGAUUACUCACUGUAUAAGCUAUAAAUACCAGCGAGCAUAUUACAAAAAAAAAAUUUGGACUCAAGAGUGAUUCAUAUUUCAAAUUUAAUAAUGUUAGACGCGGCUACGUUUCAGAGUCCGUUGAGUCCAAUUUUCAAUAACUCGUUCGAUGAUGUUUUCAUCCAAGGACAGAAUCGAAGCGGGAUCCGCAUAGACUUUAGAAGUAUUCUCUCAAUAAAUCGAUUGAUUGAUGUGACAUCUGGGAAAUAGCGCCGAGAUCACGAGCAUCAAUUUCAAGCAUCAAAUAGUCGGUUAUCAUGGCGUGAUAACGGUCGCCAUUAACGGUUACGUUCUCACCGGCAUCAUUUCUGAAAAAAUAGGUACCGAUGAUUCCAGCGACUCACAAACCG